AUGGACAAUCCGACGGAUAGCGAUAAUAAGUCGCCCUUGUCUUUCAGUCGCACCAACAUAGAGACAUCGCAGGAACCGGACAUGCUAUCUCAUCCUAAAGCUGCAGAUAUCAUCGAAGCAUGCGAAUGGAGAGACAUUGGCCGUCUCCGGUCGCUAGCUGAAGCUCAUGGUGGAUUCCUGUCGGAUACGUUGCGAAGACAAGCAUGGCCCAUCUUGCUAGGUCUUGAUGCUCCCUCUGACGAAAAGGAUGACCCUGAUCUUGCAUUGCCUCAAGAAUCCAACGCAUGGAAGCAAUUACCCCGCCAUAGAGAUGAGGAUCAGGUCCAGCUCGAUGUCAAUCGCUCGUUCAUCUAUUACCCAGCCAACCAAUCCGACGCAGAGCUGAGUCUCCGCAAGUCAGAACUCUCAUCCCUCAUCACCGAGGUCCUACGUCGUUACCCUUAUCUGUGCUACUUCCAGGGCUACCACGACAUCUCUCAGGUUCUACUGCUGGUGCUGGCACCAACAUGGAGAGCUCGUGUUCUCGCGCGCCUAUCCGUCCUGAGGAUACGGGACUUUAUGUUGCCCAGUUUUGGGCCAACAACCGCUCAACUCCGUCUUCUGCCGGACAUUCUCCAUGCUGCUGAUCCCAAGCUCCGACGGCAUCUUGCAGGUGUUGAGCCCUUCUAUGCCUUAGCGGGAACCCUGACCAUGUAUGCCCACAACAUCGAGACCUAUCAAGACAUCGCCAGAUUGUUCGACGUCUUCCUAGCCCGGGAGCCUGUAUUUACAGUCUACGUGUUUGCGCAGAUCAUUCUUGACCGUCGAAAUGAGAUCUUCGAGAUAGACGAGCCUGAUAUGCUGCACGUCAUUUUGGGCAAGGUCCCAACAAAAAUGGAUCUGGACGAGCUUAUUAUAAAAUCAGCCGCCCUCUUUGAGCAGCAUCCUCCUGAGACUCUUAGCUACUGGCGACACAUCUCUAAUUUUAGUGCUCUAAAGACAGCCCGGGAUAUCGAAACCUGUGCGAAACAGACCAUGGAAGAGGGCUCAGAACUUUUCGAGAAGCAGGUCAAAGAACUUCAUUGGCAAGAAAUGUGGGAUCACAUCAAGUUGGUCCUCUGGCGUUACCGCCGCCCAGCCAAGACCGUUGGUAUGGCUCUUGUUGUGGGAGCCCUGGCUUUCUACCUUCGCCGCAAUCCAAUACUCGUCCAUCGCAUUGCCUCAUUCUUCUCUCCAUAG